CCGCUAAAGAACAACCCGCGUUCAUUUAGGAAUCUUUGAACAAAGUCAUGACCAGAUGGGCUCGAGCCAACAUCACCCAGAGCAAGAAGACUCUAGAUGCAACACCAUGGGAAGAUAUGAAAAAUUGUUCCUCCAGAAGCCCAACAACAAAUAAAAAGCAAAGUCCUUUAAGGAAUUUCCAAGGGAAAAAGAAAAAUAAGAAGAAAAAAGACUAUCUGAAUGAAGAUGUUAAUGGUUUUAUGGAAUAUUUAAAACAAAAUUCACAGUUAUUACAUAAUGGAAAAAUGAUUGACAGCCACGAAAUUAAGGAGGAAAUAGGAACAGCCUUAAAGAAAGACAGACGCCGGGAGACCAGAAGGUUAAAUAGGCAGGAAAUAAAGAAGAACACCAUGGUGUGCUUCCACUGUAGAAAGCCAGGACAUGGUGUUGCAGAUUGCCCAGCUGCACUUGACAGCCAAGAUAUGGGAACUGGAAUUUGUUAUCGUUGUGGAUCUACAGAGCAUGAAAUCAAGAAAUGCAAAGUAAAAAUAGAUCCUGCUCUUGGAGAAUUUCCAUAUGCAAAAUGCUUUAUUUGUGAAGAGAUGGGACAUCUUUCCAGGUCAUGUCCGGAUAAUCCUAAAGGACUCUAUGCUAAAGGAGGUUCUUGCAGGGUUUGUGGAUCUGUGGAACACUUUAAAAAAGAUUGUCCAGAGAAUCAGAAUUCAGAUCGAGCAGUAACUGUUGGUCGAUGGCUCAAAGGAAUGAGUGCAGAUUAUGAAGAAAUUCUAGACAGUUCUAAACUACAAAAACCAAAACCAAAAGUACCUAAGGUUGUUAACUUUUGAUACUUCAGAUUUUGCAUAAUU